UACAAUCCAUUUAUAAAUUAAUUGUUUAGAAAUUCUUCCAAACCGAGGCCAAUCAAUGAUCCUAAUCAUUUAUAGUUUGUAAAAUAAGUCGUCCCGAGCGAGUCUCAUUUAGGAAAAAAAAAUGUUAUUCACGUAUUUGUGAAUGACCCCAAUAUAUGGACAAUCAUACACUUAUAGAAAACGUUGGCCACAAAAGUAAGUAAAAAUAACUGUCUCCACACACAUAAAUUUUAUGUCAAUAAUUUGGAUCAAAGUAUUCGGUACAUCAUGCUUAAGUAACAACGUGUGGUUAUUUUUUGAUGCCUUUUAACUAAUGACCACAUUAUACGUAGUACCUUAAGAAUUAAGAACUCUUUCUACGUCUAAAAACUUAAAUUGCACUCAUGAAUCAUUUCUUAUUACAAAAGUCAUUGACUUGACGAAAUAUUUUACCUACCCUCAAAUCUUAAAUAGUCAGAAAAAAGAUCAUCGUUUAAAAGAAAUCUCAUAUAAGUUAGAGAAAAAAUGAUAAAACAAGAAAUGAAUACAUUUUCUUUCCUUUCUUUAUUGGUUAUCACACUUUGCUUUAGCCUCCAAAUGUAGCCCAGUGGUGUAAAGGAUAGGAGUGAGGUUAUUUCACGCCUUGUUGGUAGCCGCAGUAUAGGGGUUCGAUUCCUGGGACAUGGAAUUGGACUCCUUGUAGGCGCAGUGUACAGGCAGCUCUUGUUCCCUGACCUGUUGUGGCACAUCUCACGAUUUAUCUCUCUCACAAAACUCAAGGGACUGGGCCGUGAGUGCUCUCAAGGUUGGGGUUCAACCUUCUUUUUUUUUUUUUUUUAAAGAAAACCCAAAUUUCUCGAAUACAAGUCUAAUCACGAGUGCAUGCACGAAUUCACCUACAAAAACCAAUGCAUUCAUUUUCUAAAAUCAGCUCCUGCGCGCCAAAAAACUAGUCUAAAACGUGCAGUCGGUGCAGAAGACGACGCUACGAAAACUGCAUUAUACAUGAAGAAGUUGCUUUUGAACCCGGAGUUGGUUCCCAUUGUUCAACGAGCUAUUACAGAUUGCAGUGAGCAUUAUAAAACCCUAGUCGAGAUAGUCGAAGAUUCGAUUAAUGCAGCCAUUUCUGAAGCAUAUUUUGAUGCUGUUAAAUUUGUGAAUGCUGCCAUUGCUGAUUUAGAUUCUUGCAAGGGAAGUCUUGGAAUGUUAGCGCAAGGCGGGAUAGAGAAUUCGGGUUUGAUACAUGGAAGAAGAAAAGGGUACAUGUAAAUAUUGAGUCCCUUGAGGGUUUGAAAACUUUGUUGAAUACAGCUUUGAGUAUUGCCAAAGCUGGUGAACAUUAGAUGAUUUUUGUAUUAUUAUUAUUAUAUUUCUGUACUUUUGU